AUGUCUACAAGAUCCAGUGAUGCCCUUGCGAGGCGGCACUCAGUGCGUCAACAGCAGCCGCUACCGCCACAUCAACAGCAAUAUCCUAUUUUCUCCUCAAACCCACCAGCAGACCAGAGACCACCACCUCCUCCUGCACCAGAACCUGGUCAUCUUCUCUCGCCAGUCGAGAGCCGCCUGACCAGGAAUCGUGCCCGGUCUAUCAAUGUGGAUGAGGCCAACUCGUCUCAGAUUGGCGAGCCAGACCUGCAGUCCCCGGCGUCUGGCCACACUCCGCCUAAUUCAGCUUCACUAGCGUCUGCUACAGAUCUUAUAUGUAUUUGCCCAACACCGCCAAAAGUGCCCAGGCCUCGUAACGCAUUCAUCCUCUACCGCCAACACCAUCAAGCUGGCGUUGUCCAGAAACGCCCAGGCCUUGCAAAUCCAGAGAUAUCCAAGAUCAUUGGCGAGCUCUGGCGCGAGGAGGACGAGUCGAUCAAGGCCUACUGGAAGCGACUUGCUGGGGAGGAGAAGGCGCGCCACCAGCGUCAGUAUCCCCAGUACAAGUACCAGCCGCGCCGCAGCGGUAAGGGUGCACACAGUGCAAGGCCCACCUCGGCAACGGGAGAGGGUGGUGAUCCGGGACGGUGUGCCAAGUGCGGUGGGCGAUUCAUCGCGACGCCGAGAACGCCAUCGACGCCGUUUGGAAGUGUGCCUGGAUCGGCUCUUGGCUCAGGCCUACCAAGUAGUAGCGGUGGUGGUGGUGGUGCCAUGGAGGCAUUACCUCCGCCGCCUUUAUUGCAGCACCCUCAUCACCGUCUCUCUGUGGAUUCUCAACACGGCAGCGGUUAUGCCCGCCGACCGUCUUCGUACUACCCACAUGCUCCUGAGCCCGUGCGGCCCAUCGAUGAGGAUUAUGACAGCGGCGUCCCAGCAGGCAUGUCACGCCGACGUGGGCUGCAGCAGGAUGACUACGACUUGGUGACCUCACCGGAUAUGAAGCGGCGCCGCUUCGGCCACCUCGACCAUCCAGACGAGCACGGUCACGGCUCACCCAUGACCACAAUGUCGCAGCACCCGAGCCCUCUGUACCAUCCAGGAGCGCCCACCCAGCCGCCCCACUCCCAACAGCAGCAGUAUAAGCAGCAACAACACCCUGAAUCCCGGCGUAGCUCGGCUGUCAGUGUCGGAGGCGGAAGCUCGUAUCCUACCACUCAGCCAGACAGCGGAAGCUACCAGAUGACGGCGCCUCUGCCUCAUCCGCGACCAAUUGCAGGAUCUGGAGGUCCUCAACAUCAACAUCAUCAUCAUCAGCAGCAGCAGCAGCAGCAGCAGAUGGCACCACCUCCUCGCCCAGCUCGUCUCAACACUGCAAGCGGCAUGCCACACCAUCCACCGGGUCUCCCAGCUAGGGCUGGGCAGCCUGGCUUCGACGAGUCCCUGACGCUGGCACCGCUGCAGUUCCCGCCCAGCUCUCCAACCCAGAUGUCUGACACAAGCGGUGGGGCGCGCAGCAUGUCGGGUGGCGGGCUUCUUGGGAUGGCGUCUGGUCCUCAGCAGCAGGCCCUUGGAUCCAGAGGCGACAGCCAGGCACGGGGUAUCGAGGCGAUGGUCAUGAGCAUCCCGUACAUGAACAAGCUGGACGUGCUCAGAAAGAUUAGCCCACCCUUGGGCCCUCCAGGAGCGGGAAGCCCAAUUGUGGAGACCAGGGGCCCGGUCAUUGCGAUCGAGGGCGGACACGAGGCGCUCAUGAGGGAGGUGAGGCCUGUGAUCGAGCGGGCUCUGCGUAUCUCUGGAGAGUGCGAGGUGAAGGUCUGGACGGACUCCUCUGUGGACAGGGCUUUGACACCGCCUGAUGAUGGUGGCGGUUCUAGCUCUGCAAAGAAGGCAGGCCAUGUGGUGGAAGACGUCGAGAUGGCAGAGGCGCAAGACAAGGGCUCGCACGCCAGCAGUAGCCGCCACAGCAGCAUUGGCGGCGUCAGCGGCACCCUCACGCCGACGCCACGGUCCGCUGGUGCAGGAGGCGCCGCUCCCACCGCCAAUCUACUACCACCACACCCAGGCCCGACAGCCACGUUUGAUUAUCUCCAGACCAUCAUGAAAUGGCACACCAAGUCAGCCGAGAUGGUCAAGCACAUCACGACCAGGCCACUUGUGCCCGCUCCGGGUGGCAGCAUCUCGUCGUCGUUGUCAUCGUCGUCGUCAAACAAGCUUCUCCUGCCCGUGGCCCUGGUCGCGGACGGGUUCAGCCUCACACUCUCUGACAGGUUCGCCUCGACCGUGGCCAUCACAGAUCCGUACUCUCCAGUAGACCACUGGCAGUGGAUGGCGACGCUGUGGCGCGGCAUUGUGGGGGCGGACCUGGUGGUGUACGUGCGGGCAAUGACAGCGGAGGAGUUGGCCAGGAACAGCGGCACAGUGGAGUAUCGGGCGCCCGGGGUGAUGGUGGUGCGUGUUGCAGGCGAGAGGGUCGACGAGAAGACGGAGCGGCGGCUGGCGUUUGAGGUGAUGGAGUGGGUCAGGGCCGGCAGCUUUCGAGAGGGAUACUCUUUUGGUGGUGGAGGGUAGUUGACGCUCAGGCGAACGAAGGUGGUGUUGCUGAUUCAGAAGAGGAAGAAGAGAGAAGGAUUCGGAAAAGAGCAAAAGAGGUGGAAGCGACGAGGAAAUUGGAGGAGAAUGUUAUCUUGGGAGGAGAUGGAUUCAAACUUUUCACAUACUUCUUCUUCAACUAGCCCUUGCGCCAUCAAACGGGCAAUGUACCUAGGUCUGCUUCUUCUUCUUCUUCUUUUCUUCUACCUUUUUCUCUGAUUAUUACUUUUUUCUGUAGGUAAUGUUAAGGUGAUACAUAGCC